AUGGAGCACCCGGUGUUCGGCUGCCUGCGCAGCCCGCACGGGCCGGGCCCGGGGGGCCUGCACGGCUUCUCGCAGGCGGGGCUGGCCCUGGCCGGCCGCCCCUCGGAGCCCCUGGCCUACCCCGACCUGCCCCCGGUGCCGGUGCCCUCCUCCUCCUCCUCCUCCUCCUCCGCCGCCGCCUCCUCCUCCUCCUCCACGGCGGCGGCGGGGGCCUCCUCCUGCAUCAUCGCCGGCUACCCCCCGGACGAGGCCCUGUUCGGCAGCCAGCACCCCCGAGCCGGCCCCCACCACCCCCAUCACCACCACCACCACCACCACCAUCACCACCACCAUGCCCAGCACCCCCACCAGACUGUGCAGCCCGGCUGGCACCUGCCCCCGCUGGCCUCGCCCCCCGCCGCCGCCCGGCACAGCCUCUGCCUGCAGCCGGACUCCGGCCCGCCCCCGGAUUUGGGAAGCAGCCCCCCGGGGCUGUGUGCGAAUCCUGCCGGCCUGGGCACCGCCACCCCCACGCCCGCCUCCUGCGCCCCGGGCGACUACGGCAGGCAGGCCCUCUCCCCGGGGGAGACGGAGAAGAGGACGGGCAAGAGAAAGAGCGACAGCUCAGACUCCCAGGAAGGAAAUUAUAAAUCCGAAGUCAGUAGUAAACCCAGGAAGGAAAGAACGGCUUUCACCAAGGAACAAAUCAAAGAGCUUGAAGCUGAAUUUGCCCACCACAACUACCUGACGAGGCUGAGAAGAUACGAGAUUGCGGUGAAUCUGGAUCUUACUGAACGACAGGUGAAAGUUUGGUUUCAGAAUCGGCGGAUGAAAUGGAAGAGAGUGAAGGGAGGGCAACAGGGGGCAGCCGCCCGGGAAAAAGAACUGGUCAACGUGAAAAAAGGCACCCUGCUCCCCUCCGAGCUCUCCGGGAUCGGAGCCACCAACCUCCAGCACACAGGGGACUCGCUAGCGAACGACGACAGCCACGACAGCGAUCACAGCUCAGAGCACGCACACUUAUGAUACACACAAAGACGGGCCCCCUCCCCACCUCCCUCACCCCCGGCUCCGUUCUCAGGAAAGAAACCUUCCCGAUGAACUCUGCUAUCCAAGAGAGAUGACUCUGGCCUCUGCUUGUGAGGGUCACGGUUCCCCUUCUGGUUCCUCGGGGCCGUUUUCCUUAAUUUUCAGAGGGUUUACAAAAUAAGUGCCACUUCUUAAAAGUGCCUAUGGAGUCCUGAUGCAGAAGAUGGACUCGCUUUGAACAUUCCAGGUUUUUGGGUCAUGUUUAUGACAGUGGGCAGGUAAUUGUUUGCUUUCGCUUGCACUGAAAAUUUUAAUUGCUAUCAGGAGCAAAACCUGAGACUUUUCAUCCUGAACAACCGCAGGGCCAGAAAUCACUGGUUAGUGGGUAAGAAAUGUAUUUUAACUCUGUAUAUAUUUACCUUAUGGCAUUUUCCCGUUUUCACUAAUUUUUAGCAAUGCAUUCAUAUUAGCUGACGGCAAUCGACUUACGUGAUGACAAUCGGCUUCUUGUGUUUUUAUUGUUUGUUUUGUUGUCCCAGAGACAUUCAGCACAGGCUAAUUUCUGUUCGAAUAGAGAACAAUCCAGUAGUCUGACAGGACGUCCUCGUACCACAGACAAAACAAAUCUUAUGUUGCAUUUACUAUCAACUGCUGCUAAUAGGGUGUUAUAAACCUUACCUAGCUCUUCAUUUUUCUUAUUUUAUCGCUGCCAAAAAAAUUUUGUUUUAGGAUCAUAGGACAGUCAGUGAGCUCAGAGAAAGACUUUUUGUGAUGCCCAUCUCUGGGUUGAUUAAAAAAAGAAGAUAUUGCUGCAAUGCCAUCGUUGAGGAUGCUGGCAAACCCGGGCAUCAGCAAGAGGAAGUGUUUUCCUAGAAGCAAGUUGCAAAUCCAAGAAGAGCUCCUGGUGUUACAGAAACUGGAACUAUGAAGGAGAUUCUGAAUGGUCUCGGGUUUAAGUUCAGCAAAGAUAUUAUUAUUCCAGUUGUUGUGUGUACAUACAGAACAGCAAAACAUUUACA